UAUCACAAGAUAUCAGAUCGGACUUUGUUUUGUUUAUGAAAGUGGGAAGUAAGAAGUGAUAUUUCAAAUAUUAUUUAACAGUUGAUUGGUCCAACGAGUCCAACUUUGACCUACGGACUUGUUUGAAAAAAAACAAACAUUAUCUAUAAAUUUACGAACAAAUAUUUUUUAAGAUUACAUUUGAAUAUGACAGGUAGUGAAAAAAAAAUAUAACCUUGUAUUAAUAAUAAUUAUGAAUCCACAUAUAAUCGCAAAGGAAAAAGAAGAAAAAUUACGAGAAGCAGCAUGUUUGGGUGAUAUUGAAGCAAUUGACAUUUUAAUUCAAGAAACAAAUAUUAAUGCCAGACAUGAAAUCAAUGGAUGGACUGCGUUACAUUGGGCGGCAAAACGUGGACACGCUGAAAUUGUACGAGAAUUAUUAAUGAAAGGAGCUGAUCCACGUAUUUUGAAUGAUAAAGGAGAAACGCCUCUGGCUGUUGCAACUGAUCCCGAAAUUAGGAAAUUAUUAGGUGGACAGCCAAUAAUAAAUGUUAACGAAAAUAUUUUUAAACCAAAUUAUUUAAAAAAUCCUCCGUUAAAUGGUCAAGUUGAUAUUGGACCAAGAAGACGAUUACAUGCCUCUGAAAUAGCUAAUAUGAAAAGUACUACUUUACCAUCGCAUACUGAAGAUUUGGUAUUAAAAAUUCGUGUUGCAAAUUCAUCAGAUCCAGAUUUUAUUGAAAUAGAGAUACUAAAAUCACAAUUAACAUAUAAUUCUUUGUUGGAAUUAUGCUCCGCUGAAUUGGGUGUAAAAAGUUCAGCAGUAACACGAAUUCGUAAAUUACCAGAUACCCGAUUAAGAAACGACAGUGAUGUGAAACGGUUAAGCAAUAUGCAAUGUUUAGAAUUAGUAUUAUUUCCAUCAACCCCAACUACGUUGCCAAAUAAUAACAUAUCUCAUAAUGGUUACCAAUCAAUUACAUCUAAUAAAGAUCAAACAAUUUUAUAUUAAAAAAUUAGAAAAUAGGCCUCUGUCACUAGAAAUAAAUGCACAAAUAAUUAUAAUAAUACACCCCCAAAAUAAGU